UAUUCUUCCCUUUCUGGUGUCAUCAUUCGUUGGUGUUGUCAAUUUCUAGUGCCGUUCUUUGUUGGUUUUACUGAUUUUUGGUAUCAUCGUGUCAUUUCUGUGGUGCCUGGUGCCAUAGUUAUGUUGGCUGGUGGUCGCAAUUUCAAUGUCAUUGCUGCCAUUUGUGACGUGGUUAUGUUGGCUGGUAGUCGCGAUUUCGGUGUCAUUGUUGCCAUUUGUAGGUUUCUUGCAUUUACUGAUACCUUACCUUUAUU